CUCAAACAAUCACCACUAUCAUCUGAAAUAACAAUCUUGGAACUCAGGACUCACACAGUAACGACGAUAAAGCUUCCAUACCGACAACCAAAUAUCUUCAGGCUUCGGCACCUUUGAAUUUUAGUAAGGAGCAGUCAAUUUGCCACCGUUCAUCUAUCGCCAAACGCGAUGGUUCGGGCAAUCAAGGGAACUUUGGUCGAGUGCGACCCUUCGAUUAAAUCAAUCAUUAUCAGCAUCGAUAGCGAGAAUAAUGAUUAUAUAAUUGAGGACCUUGACGAAUCUCAUCUGGUGAUCAAAGACAACAUGGUGACUCAGUUGAAGAUGGAGCUUGACAAGCGUCUAAAGGAAAAUGUCCCCGAUGUAGAGGACGACUCAGAUUCCGAUCAAGACGUCAAAUAAGGGAACAACUUUUGAAACUGGAAUCCCUCUACAAAUAGUUGUACAUAAUUUCUAGGUCGUGCAUCUGAUACGGCGUUCUAGGAUUGACGCAGAAUACUAGUUUUUUUGACACCAGCUCUUGAUACACUUAAAGUUGAAACGUGUUGGUA